AUGUAUUUUUGAAAAUGUCUAUUUAGUGGUGAUAAAAAUGAAAAGUGAUACCAUGAAAAUGAUAAACAUGUAAUUUCUUUUUUUUAUUAGAGUUUUGGAUUAGAGCAUUAAAUUAAUAUAUCAAUACUAAUAAUUUUUUGCAAUUAGUUAUUAAAAACGUCAAUAGAAACGUCUCCAUUAUAAUCUCCAGAGUGGUUGGCCCGUCCUAUGGUGAAAAAAUUGUAUCAAAAUUUUUUUAAUGGUUUUAUAUAAAUUUAUGAAGCAAUUUAAAAUUAUUAUAGAAAAUGGUAUUACAUACAAAAAAAUAAUGAAUAUAAUUUCGAGAUUAUAUUGUUAUUUUAAAUAAAUAUGUUUGGUUUGAAUUAAAAUUCAAAGAUUUUAAUAGGUAAAAGUGAAGAUACGUCAUUUGUGAGAGAGUUAUUGAUUGGAGAAUUUGUCUUUGAUUCUGGACUUUUGUGAUUCACAUGUGUGUUUUCCAACUGAUUUGUAUACAGAGCACUUAUGAUGUUUGUCAACAUUAUGUAAAAUGAGUUAUUUAUUCAUCUAUAUUUUUCUAAGUAAUAAUUUAGAUUUUUUAAUAUUAUUUAAGCAUAAGAACUUAUUUCUAAAUCAGUCUAGACUGUUUUCAAAAAAAAAAUCAGUCUAGUCUAAUAAUGUAUUGUAUUCAAUAUACACAGUAGUAGUAUUCUUUAAGGUGGAGGCUGAGUGUAUUCUUGAGACAUAGCAAAGGGUUACGGGAUGUGGGCUGAGUGAGUUUCUAGAUCUUUAGUGACACUUAGGAGUUGGACCAGCCCGUGACAAAACUGUGGGCUGAGUGAAUUUAUAGGUUUUUAGUGAUACUCAGAAGUUGGACCAGCCCGUGACAAAACUCUGUUCCCAUUUAUUUGGUGAGGCCCAGUCCGAUAGUGACAUGGCUGAAUGAUUGGUGGGGAUUUUUUUUGCCUACGUGGCAGUGUUUAGGGAGCUUUAAUUUAGCCCCUUUUAUAUAGUAGGAUAUAAUAUUUUUUUUGUCAUAAAUCAUUCGUGUCUUCCCUUAAACACUUUAUCCUCAUACAUUUGAUCAUAAACACUAUUUUUAUGGUUCUAUCUACUAUGAAUUUGUAAAUUUGGUAUCAGAGCCAUGACAAUUUAAGCUAAGAUAUAUAUAUAUAUAUAUCUCUCCUACAGAAUUUUAAUAUUUGUAAAUUGUUUCUAACUAUAAACUAAUAUGGAAAGUAUGACCCGUGGUUAUCACUUAGUGGAUCCUGCAUAUCAGAAAUCCGACUAAGCUAAAGAGAAAGAACAAAGAGAAAUAUUCUUGGGUACCUUGAGGUUUCAAAAGAGAAAAAAAAUUGUCUCGGUUAUGUAGCAAAAACACCUAAUGAAACUCUUCACUUUAUUCUUAGCGCUUAAUUCUAAUAAAAACAGUUAAUGGAUCAUUGUUACUUCAAGGGUUAGAUAAAAACCGUGAGCAUUUUAUUUUGGUUUCUGGUUUCUAUUUACACCAUGGAAAAUAUUUCUAUUUUUUCAACCCAACCAUCUUUUAGAAGAUCAACCUCUAGCAAAGUAGAUUAGAUACAUGAAGUAUGAUAUGUGAGCGAUGAUAGUAAAGUCCCUAUUAUCUAACUACCCCUACUCAACUCAUAGAAAGCCUUUACCAAACCUUCUUCCACUCUACCAAAGAUCAUAAAACACAUGUUUGCUCCAAACAAAUAUGUUGCUAAAGAACUCGUCAUAGCUUCACUAUUACAACAACAUUUGGUCCCAUCUACAGAAUCUGUACAAAUGAUUCCUCUCAAAUUCAGCAAAGGAAUGAUCCACCAAUGGAGAGCUCAUGGCUACACCUAUCUUCACUAUGGAACAAUUCGAUUGGCACUAAAUCUCCAUGGAAGAAAAAGUCUACUAGUAGUAACUUAAUUCUCCCAUGAGAUACAAAAGAUGCACUCCUCAUUCAACAAGAAUCUCAACACAGUCCAUCAUGCAUCCAUAUACCCAGACAGAUUCCUAGAAACAAGCUUGUCAAGCUACUUCCGAGUUAUGAGUUCAAUUAAGAGAAGAUCCACGAAAGCAGUAUGCCAAUCAAAACAGUGGACUCUUCCAUUCUUAAGAGAAAAGACAGAACCGUUGAAAUAGCUUUCAAACAGCUAGACGACGAAAAACCUCGUCCUUCGGCUUUUUGCAGUGAGAUUAAUACGAUCUCCCCAUGUGACGAAUGUCUGGAAAUAAGAGAAUAUUUAACUGACGUCCGAAUCAAAUGAAUUGAUUGGGACGGAAAACCAGUAUAUGCAUUCUCUGAUUUAACGGGCCAUAAGUUCUUUGAUGUAUGUGAUUGCGACCAAUGCCAAAUAGAUUCAGAUGAAGAAGAAACUGCAAAACGGAAGAGCAGUAGAAGUAAAUCGUCCCAGCAAAAGCUUAAAGAGCGUUAUGAAUCAAGAGAUCCAGAAUCAACAUAUUUGGAGAAUCUAGUGGAAUGAGUUUUGCAUACUAUGUAUUGUAUCCAGCUCAUACACCUGAACAAAAUGAAGUACAUGAUUGCUAUAUGUUUAGCCCCUCGUUAUCUCAAGAACCAACAUUUUGCCACAUGUGUUUGA